AUGGCAGUUCGACCGGACGUUCUCUUUAACCGAAUGGCAGGUGAUGACCCCACCGAUGCAAGCCUGCCGCCGGAGCAGCAGCUUGAAGGGGCGUGCACAACAUGCAAUGAGGACUCCUUGCUGCUGGAAGGAUCAUGCCAGAGCACUGCAAAGCGCUUCAGCUCUACUCACUCCCUGCUGCUGAAGCAACCCGUGCCGCCACCCCACGCCCAGGAAACAGCUGCACCUGCUACUGCAGCCCAUCUCCCUUCUGCGAUCCCCGCUGAUCCUCCUAUUGCCAGAAAGCGCCUGCGAUCACUGCCACUGGAGCCUCUGAAGGGUCUCUAUAAGCCUUCUCCCUCUCAACGUCCCCGACACUCUCGUUCACCCCAUCACUAUCACCCCCAUCAUUAUCACCCCCAUCAUUAUCACCCGCAUCAUGGCCCUCAGGAUGGCUUGGCUUUCAUGUGUGGCAGCAGUGGUGGGGUGUUGCAUGAUAGAGGUGCUGCAUGGAAUGCUGACGGCUUUUCUGCCGAGUGUUCCACUCUGCAGGGAUAUCCGACGGCCUGGAUUGGUUGGUCGGAUCGUUGCACGGUUGGGAGUGGUGGUGUUGAACUUCACCAAGUUUGCGGGCUGCCCUGCGUUGGUUGUGAAGGCGGCGGUUUUAGACCUUUCAAGGUGCUGCAGCAGCAGCAGCAGCAGCAGCAGCAGCAGCAGCAGCAGCAGCAGCAGCAGCAGCAGCAGCAGCAGCAGCAGCAGCAGCAGCAGCAGCAGCAGCAGGAGGAGGAGGAGGAGGAUGUGGAGGAGCAGGAGGAGGAGCAGGAGCAGUGGGCGAAGUGGGAGUCAGUUCUAGAGUCAGCAGAACGAGAGCAACAGUGGGGACACAAACGUCUGUUCUGGAUGCAGCAGCAGUCAUUGCCCACUGUAGCUUUCUUCCCUCCAACACCAGUAGCAGCAGCAGCAGCAGCAGCAGCAGCAGCAGCAGCAGCAGCAGCAGCAGCAGCAGCAGCAGCAGCAGCAGCAGCAGCAGCAGCAGCAGCAGCAGCACCACCACCACCACCACCACCACCAUCACCACCAGCAGCAGCAGCCGCAGCAGUACCACCACCAGCAGCAGCACCAGCAGCAGCCGCAGCAGCACCAGCAGCAGAAGCCGCAGCAGCCGCAGCCAUAGCAGCAGCAGCAGCAGCAGCAGCAGCAGCAGCAGCAGCAAGCGUGGUUUGUAGCAAUGAGGGCCUCAGAGCUCCACUAUCCCCAGAAGCAACAGCAUCUCGUCAUUUCCCUCUGCUUCCUGCUCAACCUGCGCAACAGCGGCAUCUCCCCUCUCUCAGGCAGAAGCAGCUGCCAGGGAAGCCCGCCUCAGAGAUUGCUGCAAGGAUUCUCGAGGCACGGCGUGUGGCAGAGUGCACACCGGAGGGGCAGCAGCACUUUGUGGCUGCUGGAGUUCAUGACAUGGUUGCCUGCAGUGGCAAGAUCAUUCCUGCUCCUGCAUCCCUGGCUUGUCCCCGGGUCUCUCUCCUCCCCCCCCCGUCGCCAUCUCUUUCUCCCCUCGCGCAUGCAUUUGUCGGCCCAUCGCUCGCCGCGUCGUCUUUAGCUCUCUCCCCGAAACGCCCUUCCCCCCGCCCUUCCUCCCUCCCGUCCCCUUCGCGCUCUCCCUCUCGUCGCCUGCGCGCUCUCCCUCCCGUCCCCUUAGCGCUCUCUCUACCGUCGCCUUAG